UGCACGCUUGAACCCACCAUGACAGCAGCAGGGGGUGGCUCUGAGGCUCCGAGGCUCUGAGGACAGUCGUCCACUCUCAGCACAGCUCCGGCCCCUCCCGUGACCUUCCUCUGGUAAAAACAUCCCGCUCACGUUUGCAGGGCUUCUGUCUGACCACCGACACCCGCAGGACAGAGUCCUGUCCAGUCAGUCCAGAGUCACAACGUUGGCAGGGAGAAAGUCAACUAUGGACGGUCCGGGCAAAGCAGCGGCCACACACGCCGAGGGAGUGAAGGUGGACCUGAAAGGAGCUGAAGCAGACCCCGCUGAAGGCUGCGGCUUCUGCCUGAAGAAAAUACGGCACUCAGUUCCGCAAAAGUACAGAGAUGAGUUGGAACAGCUAUUCAAACUGGCGGGACCGGUGAUCAUUUCCCAGCUGAUGAUCUUUAUGAUCAGUUUUGUCAGCAUGGUGUUCUGCGGCCACCUGGGAAAAACUGAACUAGCCGGGGUUUCGUUGUCGAUUGCGGUGGUUAACGUCACCGGUAUUUCCGUUGGCACCGGUUUGUCAUUAACCUGCGAUACGCUCAUAUCACAGACCUAUGGGAGCGGUAACCUGAAGCGUGUGGGUGUGAUUCUCCAGAGGGGGAUCCUGAUUCUGCUGCUGGCCUGUUUCCCCUGCUGGGCCGUCCUCAUCAACACCGAGCCGCUCUUGCUGGCCGUCAAGCAGAGUCCAGAGGUUGCCAGACUCUCGCAGAUGUAUGUGAACGUAUUCAUGCCUUCUUUACCAGCUGCCUUUAUGUACCAGCUCCAGGCAAGGUACCUCCAAAACCAGGGAAUUAUAUGGCCUCAAGUUAUAUCUGGAGCAAUCGGAAAUAUCCUGAACGCAAUAAUCAACUAUGUGUUCCUGUAUCCUCUGGAUAUGGGUGUUGCUGGGUCUGCAGCAGCUAAUGCUAUCUCCCAGUAUGUGCUGGCUGUGGUCUUGUUUGCUUACAUCUGCCUGAAGGGUCUCCAUAAGCCUACAUGGGGAGGUUGGUCGCUGGACUGCCUCCAGGAGUGGGGAUCGUUCAUCCAGCUGGCCAUCCCCAGCAUGCUGAUGCUCUGUCUGGAGUGGUGGAUCUUUGAAGCGGGAGGAUUCCUGGCCGGAGUGAUCGGUGAAGUCGAGCUGGGAGCGAACUCCAUCAUAUACGAGCUGGCGAUUAUUGCUUACAUGUUUCCUUUAGGAUUCUCUGCUGCUGCUAGUGUUCGUGUUGGAAAUGCUCUUGGUGCCGGGAACAUUGAACAGGCCAAGCUGUCCUGCAAAGUCCCCUUGGUCUGUGCAUUCAUAAUCGCAUGUGUUGUCGGAGCAAUUCUUGGUGCCUGCAAAGACGUCAUUGGAUACAUUUUCACCUCAGAUCAAGAUAUUUUGUUGAGAGUUUCUGAUGUCAUGGUCAUCUUUUGCUUCACACAUCUGUGUGAUGCUGUCGCAGGUGUUACUGGAGGCGUCCUCAGAGGAACCGGAAAGCAGCUGAUUGGUGCUCUAUGUAACCUGGUGGGCUACUACUUCAUCGGUUUCCCCAUUGGCGUUUCCCUGAUGUUUGCAGCCAAGAUGGGGAUUAUAGGGCUGUGGACGGGACUUACAGUUUGUGUGUUGAUGCAGUCGAUUUUCUUCAUCAUAUAUCUGUCCAAGCUGAACUGGGAGAAGGCUGUAAAAGAGGCUCUUGUGAGGGCAGGAGUGCAGAGCAAAGAAGAAAAAGAUACGACCAAGAUGCAAAAUUCAGCCUGCAACCAGAGCCAGGUUGGUGCUGCAGCAUCUCGUGAUGAGGAGGACCAUGUGUACCAGGAGACCCAUCCUUCAGAGCAGAGUAAACCCACCACCACAGUGGGGGACGUCCUGUCGGGGACUCAGCUGGUUUUGCGGCGAGGGCUGGCGGUGCUGGUCAUGUUCAUCAUCCUCGCUGCGGGAAUUGUGGCCUCACACUUCCUCACUAAGAUGCUGGAGUGAUCCCUCCUAAUAGUGUCAAGUUGGCAGUCAAAUUCACGAGCGUUGGGGUUUGAUGGGACAGUUUGGCUGAAUCUUAUUUUGGUUAAAAUGGCCUCUCAGUCAUAUGCUGAACAAAUGUAACUGCGGCCAAACCAAACCAAGCUUAUUUUAGAAACAUCAGACAAGUGUUUGCUGUUUUACUAGCCUUAAAAUGUUUCAGUAAAAGCUGGUCUUUAACAUUAAUGAAUGAUAAGUCUCCAACAUGUACUUGAUUUUAUUGUAAAGCAACUGUGCAUUUAAGGAAUGUGAAAUAAUUUAGCACACUUAAAAGUUAAAUAGGGCUGUACAUCCUCACUGCCCAGUUGAAGUCAGGUUUAUGAGUAGCAGCUUUAAUAAGUUUUUAUUAUCACACACCACACAGGCUGUAAGACAUUUAUAGAACCAGCACUGUCUGACAGUAGAGCGUCUAUAUCAUGUUGAAGAUUGAGUGCAUAAAAUACAACCAAAGAUGGGAAUAAAGCGUGUAACAUAAACAUGACGAUAUACUGUAAAGCUAACAUAAUGCGUUCCUUAACUGACCAAUAGUAUAGUUUUUAUUAUUAUCAGAUGGCCAGUCAUUACCCAAAUGCAAGACAUUAAGCCUUAACUAUGUGGACACCUGCGGCCAGUAAAGUGCCGUGUGGUACACUGAGUAACUUUAUACCUAGGGGUAAAUAUAUUCAUAUAUGUGCAUAUAAAAUAACUGUUCGAUGCGCUUUUUUAAACGCAACCCUUUAUUCUAAAGUCUUUGAUAGUUGUCUGUUUUUACGUCAAGUAAACAGUGUUUGUGAUUCUUUGCCCAUAUUAAGAGCAAAAUAUUUUGACCAUUUUUAUAAAAAUCUAUAACUGCCACAAACACAGACAAAUCAUAGAAAAAUGUCUCCACAUGCCUUAACAGAAACACUAUCCUGUUCUCCACUGACGCUGUCAUUAAAGUAAGAUCAGAUUUUCAAGAAGCUUAUCAUGGAUCAUAUAUCCAGGAUAGGGUGAAAGUCCACAUUUUUCACCCUAAGACAAUAUAACAGUGAUCAUUAUUAAAACAGAAUAUUUUUCAUUUUUGCCUUAACAAGGCAGCUGCUCAACUAGAUCUACCGCUCCAGCUUCUGUUCAUCUUUAUCAUUAUUUUCUUCUUUGAUUCCUGUCACAGUUUCAGAGGUUUGAAUUUUUCAGUGAUUCUCACAGUUGAAGUGUAUUUUCAUUUCUAAGAAUUCUUCAGCUUCAAAGCCUCGUGCCUUGACUUGUCUUUACCUUUGGAACCUCUGAACCUCACAUAUUGGGGUACCCCACAUGUCCAUAUGUGACUAGGACGGACGUCCCAUGCGUCAAUAUAUGACGAGUUGGGAGUGAGAACGGGUCAUGUCUUCAUAGACAAAUAAUUGCCUUUUGAUCCUGCUGCUGAUAAUGGUCUGGAAGGAAAAGUAUU